CGCUGGAGCAGGGGCUGGAGCGGUGCGGGCGCCACUAGAUGGCAAUUGCCGCUCGCAGAUCCGCGGGCCCAGCAGGCAGGAUGGGGGCUGAGCAGGACACUCGGCACCGGGACAGAUGGUCCUGGGGCUGCUUUUAUGAAUGGAGGCCGCCUCCGACCCACCCGGCACCCGGCUCCACCCUGCGCGCCCAGCUCCGCGCGCUGCAGCCGGUGCGGGGUGCGCCCGCAGCUUCUUGCCCGUGGGGUCCGCCGGGCUGCUCGCUGAAGGCAGCAGCACCGCAGCGGCACGAUGGUGAGGACGGGGGCUCCCCGUGGCCGCAGGCUGCCGCUGGCUGCCCUCCUGCUCUGCGUCCUGCUGCCGCAGCCGGACACCGCCGGGGCGUGGAAGCAGCACGCCCCUCGCCUCCGUGUCACCUACAAAGCUCCCGCCUCUUGCUGACCUCAGGGGACGGGCUGGGUUUCCAAGCCCUCCUGCUGGAUGAAGACAGGGCCUGGCUGAUGGUGGGAGCCAAAAACCACAUCUUCCUGCUCCAUCUCGACCAUCCUGGCAGAGAGCCCGAGAAGAUCUUCUGGCCAGCCUCCAGGGAGCAGGUUGAACAUUGCCGGCUGGCGGGGAAGGACAUAGAGACCGAGUGUGCCAACUUCAUCCGCCUCCUGCAGCCCUACAACAGCAGCCACGUGUUUGCCUGCGGGACGGGCUCCUACCAGCCCGUCUGUGCCUUCGUCCAGCUGGGAGCCCGGGGCAAGGGUGUCGGGGCCCCCCUGAUGCGGCUGGUGACCCACUCCCUGCAGUCGGGGCGAGGACGGUGCCCGUACAGCCCCCGCCAACCCUUCACCGCGCUCCUUGUCGAUGGGGAGAUGUAUUCGGGCACCUCCAGCGACUUCAUGGGCAGCAGCGCCGCCUUCUUCCGGACCUGGGUGCGCGGGGCCGAGCAGAGCUACAUCCGCACGGAGCAGAACCAGGACCACUGGCUGCACGAGCCUGCGUUUGUGGGUGUCUUCGCCAUCCCCGACACCUACAACCCGCACGACGACAAGGUCUACGUCUUCUUCCGCGAGACGGCGCUGGAGGCUGGGCAGUGGGACAGGCGGCACAUCCAUGCUAGGGUGGCCCGGGUCUGCAAGAACGACGUCGGAGGGAAGCGCAGCCUCAUCAACCGCUGGAGCACAUUCCUCAAGGCCCGCUUGGUGUGCUCCAUCCCGGGGCCGCAGGGCACCCAGACGCACUUUGACCAGCUGGAGGAUGUUUUCCUCCUCCGCACCCGGGACCCUCAGAAUCCCCUCAUCUUCGGCCUCUUCACGGUCUCCAGCGGUGUCUUCAGCGGCUCCGCGGUGUGCGUCUAUGCCAUGGCUGCCAUCAGAGCGGCCUUCAGCGGCCCCUUCGCGCACAAGGAGGGCUUCGACUACCGCUGGGUGGAAUACAAGGGACGUGUCCCCUACCCCAGGCCCGGCACGUGCCCCAGUGAGACGUACGACCCCCUCCUGCGCUCCACCAAGGACUUCCCCGACGAGGUGAUCAGCUUCGUGCGCUCCCACCAGCUGAUGUGGGAGCCCGUGCAGCCGCAGGGCCGCCAGCCCGUCCUGGUGAGGGUCAACGUUCCCUACCGGCUGCGGCGGCUGCUGGUGCACCGGCUGGAGACGGAGAGCCGGCACUACGACGUGCUCUUCCUCGGCACGGAUGAGGGUAAGGUUCUGAAGGUGGGGCUGGCCAGUGCGGGGAGCCACGGCACCGAGGUGAUUAACCUGGAGGAGAUCAGCGUCUCUAAGGCACCUUCUCCCAUCCUGGACAUGAAGUUGUCACCGAAGCGGCAGGAGCUGUUGGUGAGCAGCACCCACGGGCUGCUCCAGCUCGCCCUGUACCGCUGCGAGCUCUAUGGCAAAACCUGCACGGACUGCUGCCUGGCCAGGGACCCCUACUGCACCUGGGACGGCAAGACCUGCGCCCCACACCUGCUCACAGAGAAGAGGCGUGCCCGGUGCCAGGACGUGCUGAAGCCCGAUGUGCUCAGCCAGUGCCAGGAUACGGCAGAAGGGACAGCGGUGGCCACGGAGAAGCUGGUUUUCGGCGUGGAGAAGAACUCCACCUUCCUCGAGUGCCUGGCGCGCUCCCCGCAGACGACGAUCCGGUGGCUGGCGUGGCGCGGCGAGGGGUCGGGGCUGAACGAGAUCAGGACCGGUGGCCACUUCGUGGUGCUGGAGCAGGGGCUGCUGAUCCGCCAGCUGGGCAGGGAGGAUGCCGGCACCUAUGAGUGCCAGGCCGUGGAGCGCUCCUUCUCCCGGCCCCUCACUCGCUACAACCUCCGCAUCAUCCAGCACGAAGCGAUGGAGGUGCCGCCGUACCGACGCAGCAAGGGGGUCGAGGGUCCCCGGACGGACCCGCGAGCCUUGGGGGCACCAGGCACCAGCCUCGACACCUACUGCAAUGCCCUGUGGCACCAGGAAAGGCAGCGGCAGAAAGCCUGGCACCAGAAGUGGCAACACCGGUCCCCGGAGAGCAAGAGCAGCCGCGUGCGCAGGCAACCCCAGCCGCUGUAAGGGCGAGCCGGGGCCACCUGCUCUCUCUCUCGGCCCUUCUCGCAGGCGGGUGCCAGCUUCAGGACCGCUCCGCGCGUCCAACUGCAGGAACCGCUGCGCUGCGACUACCUCAAGCCACGCCGGGCCCCUCCGCCUCUGCGCGCACCCCAGGGUGCACGACAGGGUGAGGGCGCACGGCCUGGACCAGCUCUCCCAGACACAAAGCCUUGUGAGCCCUGCAGAGUAUUUAUUCUCCUCAGUUUUCUCCAGCCCUUAGGGAUGAUGGUUAUUAGCAGCAAUUAUGAAGAUGGGGGGGAUGGGGGGGGGUGGGAAUGGAAACAAACCAUGCUCACGCGUGGUCUCCAGCACCUGGCCAUGGUCACACGUCCCCGGACCCGGUGUCGUCCCCAACGCCUGCACCCAGCCCCACCCACCCCAGCCCAGGCUGCUUUUACAAAUUCCAAA